CGCCGCCGCCACCGCCGCCACCGCCGCCGCCGCCGCCGCCCUGUUCUCUCGGGAUUCCUUCCCCGCGCAGGACCGACGCUCCGCUGGCGGGAGGCUGAAGUGGACGCGCCGCGGGGCCGAGCGGGCGCGGCGGGGGCCGUUGCGCUGACAGCUGCGCGGGGGCCCCGGCCGCCCCGAGGCUCGCGCACCUUCCCGCGGCCCGCGGGCGCGCCAUGUGGCCGCCGAGGGGAAGGAGGGCGCCCCGGAGAGCCUAGAGCCCGUUCCUGCCCGCUGCGGAGGGGAGCAUGGAGUCGUGAGCGCCCCUCGCUCGGCGAGGCCGCGGCCGGCGGGCUCCCCAUGGCCGGGACGUACAGCUCCACCCUGAAGACGCUGGAGGACUUGACCCUGGACUCCGGGUAUGGGGCCGGGGACUCGUGCCGCUCCCUCAGCCUGUCGUCGUCCAAGUCCAACUCGCAGGCGCUCACCUCCUCGGCGCAGCAGCACCGCGGGGCGGCCUGGUGGUGCUACUCCGGCUCCAUGAACAGCCGCCACAACAGCUGGGACACGGUGAACACGGUGCUGCCCGAGGACCCCGAGGUGGCCGACCUCUUCGCGCGCUGCCCGCGCCUCCCCGAGCUGGAGGAGUUCCCCUGGACCGAGGGAGACGUGGCCCGGGUGCUGCGCAAGGGCGCGGGCGGCCGGCGGCUGCCGCCCUUCUCCGCCGAGGCUGCGCGGCGCCUGGCCGGGCUGCUCCGCAGGGCGCUCAUCCGCGUGGCCCGCGAGGCGCAGCGCCUGAGCGUGCUGCACGCCAAGUGCACCCGCUUCGAGGUGCAGAGCGCCGUGCGCCUGGUGCACAGCUGGGCGCUGGCCGAGAGCUGCGCUCUGGCGGCCGUCAAGGCGCUGUCCCUGUACAGCAUGAGCGCGGGCGACGGGCUGCGCCGCGGCAAGUCGGCGCGCUGCGGCCUCACCUUCUCCGUGGGCCGCUUCUUCCGUUGGAUGGUGGACACCCGCAUCUCCGUGCGCAUCCACGAGUACGCGGCCAUCUCGCUCACCGCCUGCAUGGAGAACCUGGUGGAGGAGAUCCGGGCCCGGGUGCUGGCCAGCCAGAGCCCCGACGGGGGAGGGGGAGGGGGAGGGCCCGGGGAGGUGUCCGCCGAGGCCCUGGAGAUGGUCAUCAACAACGACGCCGAGCUCUGGGGCGUCCUGCAGCCCUACGAACAUCUCAUCUGCGGCAAGAACGCCAACGCGGGAGGACCUGAGGGCGUCCGUUCAUUCUGGAGCAGUUGCCUUCCAGAACGUAUUCAGAAUGUACUCCGCGUGUUCCAGCCAGGAUCCGCAGGUGUCCUCUCCCUCCCCGCGUACUUCAGUCCUUACAACGGUGGGUCCCUGGGCCACGACGAGCGAGCCGAUGCCUAUGCUCAGCUGGAGCUCCGGACCCUGGAGCAGUCCCUCCUGGCCACCUGUGUGGGGAGCAUCUCAGAGCUGAGUGACCUGGUCUCCCGCGCCAUGCACCACAUGCAGGGGCGCCACCCGCUGUGUCCCGGCUCCAGCCCCGCCCGCCAGGCCCGCCAGCCGCCCCAGCCCAUCACCUGGUCCCCCGACGCCCUCCACACGCUUUACUACUUCCUGCGGUGUCCACAGAUGGAGUCCAUGGAGAACCCCAACCUGGACCCCCCGAGGAUGGCCCUCAACAACGAACGGCCCUUCAUGCUGCUGCCGCCGCUGAUGGAGUGGAUGCGCGUGGCCAUCACGUACGCGGAGCACCGGCGCAGCCUCACCGUGGACAGCGGCGACAUCCGGCAGGCCGCCCGGCUGCUGCUGCCCGGCCUGGACUGUGAGCCCCGGCAGCUCAAACCCGAGUGCUGUUUCAGCUCCUUCCGGAGGCUGGAUGCCCGCGCGGCCACCGAGAAAUUCAACCAGGACCUGGGUUUCCGCAUGCUCAACUGCGGCAGGACAGACCUGAUCCACCAGGCGAUCGACGCCCUGGGCCCCGACGGGGUGAACACCAUGGACGACCAGGGUCUGACGCCGCUGAUGUACGCCUGCGCUGCCGGGGACGAAGCCAUGGUCCAGAUGCUGAUUGACGCGGGAGCAAACUUGGACAUCCAGGUUCCAAGCAACUCUCCCAGGCACCCCUCCAUCCACCCAGACAGCAGGCACUGGACGUCGCUGACGUUUGCUGUGCUGCAUGGACACAUCUCUGUGGUGCAGCUGCUGCUGGACGCCGGGGCCCACGUGGAGGGCUCAGCAGUGAGUGGCGGCGAGGACAGCUACACGGAGACCCCCCUGCAGCUGGCCUCUGCAGCUGGGAACUACGAGCUGGUCAGCUUGUUGCUGAGCCGCGGCGCCGACCCCCUACUCAGCAUGCUCGAGGCCAAUGGCAUGGCCUCCUCCCUCCACGAGGACAUGAACUGCUUCAGCCACUCGGCCGCCCAUGGCCACAGGAAUGUCCUGAGGAAGCUCCUGACACAGCCCCAGCAGGCCAAGGCGGACGUGCUGUCCCUGGAGGAGAUCCUGGCCGAGGGCGUGGAGGAGAGUGACACGUCCAGCCAGGGCAGCGGCAGCGACGGGCCCAUGCGGCUGAGCCGGACCCGCACGAAGGCCCUGCAGGAGGCCAUGUACUACAGCGCCGAGCACGGCUACGUGGACAUCACCAUGGAGCUGAGGGCGCUGGGCGUCCCCUGGAAGCUGCACGUGUGGAUCGAGUCUCUGAGGACCUCCUUCUCCCAGUCGCGGUACUCGGUGGUGCAGAGCCUCCUGCGGGACUUCAGCUCCAUCAAGGAGGAGGAAUACAACGAGGAGCUGGUGACCGAGGGCCUGCAGCUCAUGUUCGACAUCCUCAAGAGCAGCAAAAACGACGCCGUCACCCAGCAGCUGGCCGCCAUCUUCACGCACUGCUACGGCAGCAGCCCGGUCCCCAGCAUCCCGGAGAUCCGGAAGACACUGCCCGCCAGGCUCGAUCCUCACUUUCUGAACAACAAGGAGAUGUCCGAUGUGACCUUCUUGGUGGAAGGGAAGCUGUUUUAUGCACACAAAGUCCUGCUGGUGACGGCUUCCAACAGGUUCAAGACGCUAAUGACCAAUAAAUCAGAGCAAGACGGCAAUGGCAGCAAAACCAUUGAGAUCAGCGACAUGAAGUACCACAUUUUUCAGAUGAUGAUGCAGUACCUGUACUACGGAGGGACGGAAGCCAUGGACAUCCCAGCCGCUGACGUCCUGGAGCUGCUGUCGGCUGCCAGCCUGUUCCAGCUGGAUGCCCUGCAGAGGCACUGCGAGAUCCUGUGCUCCCAGACCCUCAGCGUGGAGAGCGCCGUGAGCACGUACAAGUACGCCAAGAUCCACAACGCCCCCGAACUGGCCCUGUUCUGUGAAGGCUUCUUCCUCAAGCACAUGAAGGCGCUGCUGGAGCAGGACUCCUUCCGGCAGCUCAUCUACGGCCGCAACAGCAAGGUGCAGGGCCUGGACCCGCUGCAGGACCUGCAGAGCACCCUGGCCGAGCGUGUGCACUCCGUCUACAUCACGUCCCGGGUCUGAGGGGGCACAUGGCAGCCCGGCACGCCCAGCCCCCUCUGGGCCGCGGGGGUGAAAGGCUGGGAGCAUCUGAUAAGUCCAUAGCCCGGGCCCCGCAGAUGCGUCGGGGGGGCCCCCGGGGUGGGUGGGGACGCUGGCUGUAGGCCUCCCUGGAGCCAGGCUCCUGGGACUCCGUUGCCCUCUCUGAUGUCUGUCCUUGGGCAGGUAGAUGGGCUCUGAGCCCUCCCAUCACCGGGCAGCCCCACCUUCAACCCCUCUGCCCCCAGAGCUCUUUACUUCACUAGUGAUCGGUAGACAAGGCCAAAGGGUGGCCCUUCCCCCACCCCCGCCCCCCAUAGUCAGCACCUUGAGGGCCACCGCGAACUCACCCUCGUGUGCCACUUCUCCCCCUGGACGUCUACGGCUGAUCCUGAUGCACCCCUGCUUGAAAUAGCUUCUGACCAUGCCUUCCAGGCUCUGGCCACCCCCAAUCCCCAGGCCUCCCUAAGCUCAGGCCGUCCAAGCUGGGGCCCUGGGGGUACAGGCGACCUGAUGAAUGUAGGGAACCGACACGCUGGACCCCGGGCCACUUCUUGCAGAAGCUGGUAUUGUUCCCUCAAGGUCCCGCCAGAAAGGCUGCCCGGAUCCCUGAACUUCCUCAAGGCUGUGCCUUCCCACAUGUGAUGUGAGCCUCCAGGGGGCCUGAAGAUCCCACCCAGAGGGUCACGGAGGGCCCUAUUUCCUUUGGUGUCCAGGCCUCAGAGCCCCUCCUCGGGGGACCCACGCCCCCGCUCCGUUAGUGCGAGAAGGCAGGUCCCCAGCCAAUGCCCUCAGACUUCCAAGCUAAGCCCGGGGAGCUUGGGGGCGCACAGGGUACGGUGGGCGAGUCUGGUGGCCUCAGCUUUAGUUGCUGCUUUUGGGGCCCAUUCUGAAACCCCAAGCCUAGAGCUAGGCUGCCUCUGUGGGCUCAAGCAGCAGCGCCCUCGGUGUGCCCCUGGCUGGGUCCCUCAAGGGAAAGUCCUUUCCCUUGGACCAGAGAGGGGGGCGCCCCUCAUUGGGACUGCAGGUCGUGGGGGCAUAAAGGAGGGCGGUGGGAGAAAAGGACCUGCUGUGGUCCUUGUCCUGCUGCCGCAGGCCUGCUGCUGGCUCCGGGCUUGCCGAGGUGGAGACGCAGCGUCAGGUGGGCUGCUUGUCGUAUUUAUGGACCAGACACCGGGGGAGCAGCGCAGACAGCUUGCUCUGGGCGUAGCUCUCCGGGCCGUCUGGCUGCACCUUAGAAACUAUUUAUUCCCCAAGAGCCCUGGGCCCGUCAGGAGGUGUCACUUUGGUUACCUUGAAAAGCCCCCAGGGCUUGCAACCUUGGAAAAUAUUUUUGAGACUAGCUGCUUGAGGUGGAUGUACAAAGGAUAGGCGGUAUUUUAUUGCUGUAAUAUUGUACGAUACUGUAACUAUACGUUGUCACUUACUGUAAAUGUACCAUGGUUUUAUUAACAAUAAACACUUGUUAACAGCG